AUGCCUUCGAGACUGCCGUCCUGUGUCAUCGGAAUCGACGUCGGGGGGACUAACACGGACAGCGUGAUCCUGCAGAAUGACCAAGUGCUCGCGUGGCACAAAACUCCGACCACUUCCGAUAUUCAGGGAGGUGUUGAACGAGCCAUCGCGGCCGUGGUCAAGGAGGCCAACAUCCCUUCCAGUCACGUCGGGUCAGUCAAGAUUGGUACCACCCAAUUCGUCAAUGCCGUGCUGGAGCAAGACUCAAGCAAGUUGGAUAGGGUAGCUAUUCUCCGAUUAUGUGGGCCGUAUUCCAAAGGGUCGCCGCCGUUCGUGGAUUUUCCUCCCAAAUUGAGGGAUUUGAUGGAAGGGCACUUCGGCUACGUGGAUGGCGGCUAUCAAGUUGAUGGUGCUCCAAUCCUACCACUAAACAUCGAUCAGCUCAAAGAGCAAGCCUCCGUCAUCAGAUCGAAAGCCAUCGCCAGUAUAGUGGUGAUUGGGAUCUAUUCCCCUUCGAAUCCAACGCAAGAAGAACAAGCUCGCAAGAUCCUGGUCGAAGAACUCGGUCCAGGCUAUGACAUCUCCUGUUCCUACGCCAUUGGUCGAUUGGGGUUCCUCGAGCGGGAGAAUGCAAGUAUUCUGAAUGCUAGCUUACGAAGGUUCGCGAGGCACGUGAUUGAUGGCUUCCGGUAUGCUGCUCAGAAGUUGGGAAAUUGUAAUCUGUACAUCACCUUGAACGAUGGCACUUUGAGCAGGGCUUCGACGGCUGCCGAGUACCCUGUAAGAUGCUUCUCUUCUGGGCCCACAAACAGUGCUAGGGGGGCGGCUUUACUGGCCAGAUUCGACAGCUCGGAUGAUGCGGAUGAUGCGGAUGACAGAGAGGUCCUUGUGGUUGAUGUUGGAGGCACUACCACUGAUAUUUGUGCUUUGCUAAAAACUGGGUACCCGCGACAGUCUGCAGCUUUUGUCAAAAUUGCGGGUGUGAGAACUAACUUCACAAUUCCGGACGUGAGAAGUAUUGCGUUGGGUGGGGGCUCACUUGUUAGGAUGAAAGGGGGUCUAGCCUCCGUUGGACCUGACUCGGUUGGAGCAAGACUGGAAAAAGAUGCCAUCGCAUUUGGCGGCAAAACAUUAACGACCACAGAUCUGGUCCUCGAGAAUGAUUUCACCGAUUGUCAGGUCUCUCCAGAACUCAGAUCUUGUGCCCUACCCGAAAUCUCGCGAGCCCUCGAAGAAGCGAUCGACAUAGUGAAGACGAAGCAGGGAGAUGCGAGAAUCAUCCUGGUAGGAGGUGGAAGUAUCAUCAUUCCCGGCAAAAUUGCAGGAGUGUGUGAAGUCAUCAGACCGAAGUACUUGGAAGUAGCGAAUGCGGUAGGAGCUGCGAUUGGCAAAAUAAGCGGAGCAGUAGACACAACGGUUGUCCCCGGGCCAGGAGGGAUAGCCAAAAAUAUCGAAGACGCCAGAGCCCUUGCAAUCGAGCGCUGUGUAGCAGCUGGUGGCAAUAGCAAGACUAUCGAAGUAGUCGAAGUUGACAUCAUCCCGAUUUCGUACGUCAAAAACGGUGCCGCUCGUCUUCUGGUCAGGGUUGUUGGAGAUCUGGUAGAUGGAUAUGAGGAAUUCCACGACGAGGUGGACUGUGAGACGUUUGAAGAGCUCAAGAAACUACCUAAUGGCAUAUCAGACCAGGUUUCCGCCACUUCGAAGGGCUCCUCAUACGAAAUCGAAGAGCAUGUUGACCUUGAGUCGUACCGACCUAGGAUCGAGGGCGAUUCUUGGUACCUGUCGGAGUUGGACCUACAGUUUCUACAAGAUGGGACCGGGGUCCUGGGAGUUGGAAGUUGUGGAGAGCCAUACCCAUCGUAUAUAGCAUGCUUGUCGGCUCUUCGGAAUGGGGAGGAUAUCACCAUCAGGCGGCAAGACACUUUUCCAGACGAAGCUGUUGUGCUUGUUGCCGGCUUUAUGGGCUCACCAACUGUAUACCUUGAACGACUUCCCGGGCUAAACGAAGUCACCGAUGCCAUGAAAGGUGUUAUGGAAGCGACUGGCAUAAGCGAAUUUGAUGCCGUUAUUCCGAACGAGAUUGGUGGGAUGAACGCCUUCGAGGCGCUCUUGGCGGCCCAUCGUUUCGGUAAGAGCGCCCUCGAUAGUGAUCUAGUAGCCAGGGCGUACCCGAUGGUAUGGCAAACAGUCCGAUGUCUCAACAACAUUCCUGUGGCUCCCGCCGCUGUUGCUGACGGUACUGGUAACAUCCAAAUCUUCCAAAAGCCUCACGACAACCUAGAAGCAGAAGUUUUGAUGCGAGACGCCUGUACAGGACUUGGUUCCCUCUCAGGGAUGUGCGUCAACCCGGUCCACGGUAUCGAAGCUCGCACACUACCCAGGAACAGUUUCUCCCACGCCUGGAUGAUUGGCCGCACCAUCGCCCUCUCGCGCUCGCUCAAACAAGAUCCUGUCAACUCGCUCCUGGAAUCCGAGCACGGCACUCUCCUCUUCACUGGCAAGAUCAUCUGCGUCACGCGGCGUGUGGCUGAAGGCUUCACGCGCGGCCACGUCCUGCUGGAAUCUUUCUCCGAGUCGCUGGCUUCCGACCCCGUCACCUCCUCCUCCUCCUCCCUCCUCGUUGACUUCGAGAACGAGAACCUCAGCGCUAUCCUCCGGACGUCUGAGCAACCCGACCGGGUCCUCGCCGUCUGUCCUGACCUCAUCACCUUCCUUGACAUAGCGAACGGUGCGCCCCUGGGCAUCUCGGACUACAAGUACGGACUCCGGGUCAACGUCAUUGCCUUGCGGGCGCCCCCGAUGUGGCUGACCGGGCGCGGGCUGGAGAUGGGAGGUCCCAAGGCCUUCGGACUCGAUAUGGAGUAUCAGGGUGUGAGCGCGGGGGUGACUUACGAGCCGCCGAAGAGCGUGUGGGAGGUUUUCGGGGAGGGAAAAAAGGGGGACGCUCUACCAUCCGCACCCGAGUUGGAUUGGGUUGGGAUGGAAGCCUGGGUAGACGUGAAGAUGAUUGAUGGCGAUAAAUAUGAUGAUGAGUAUGAAGAGGGGAAGAAGAAGCUUUUCGUUGGAGAGUUACUGAAAUGA